AUUUUCUCACCCUUUCUUGUUAAUUUACCGCUCCUAUAAACAGUCAAAAACACAAAAGCCAAGAGUCAAGAAGACUUGCUUACAUCUGGUAAUCUUAAUUAGUCCGUGCAAUUAAGAAGUCCUAAAUAUGGUAAGGUGAGAAAAACCUUGAGCUACUGGAAGCAAAGUCACAGGCACUAUGUGUGUUGGGUUCAUCUGUGGAGGGUUGCUCCAUCACCCAAACACUUUUUUGGCAAGCUCAGAAUUCAGUCAUCACGCCCUUUCUUUGAUACCCAACAAAUAAAUCAAGCAAUUGCCCGCAAGGCAAUUUCUGAUCUCACCAAACUUCGCCUUAAAAAAAUUAGCAAAGAUGUCAGGUUCUCUGGACCUGUCUUUGGAUGAUCUGAUAAAGAACAAGAAGAAGCGAAGCCGUGAAGAAGAUGGAGAAAGAGGAUCAUCUGGUUCAAAACGUAGAAGCACAAAGCGUUCUGCGCAUCGGUCGGCACCACAUUCGGUUUCAAAGUCUAAUCCGAGAGCAUCGGAGCAUGAUGAAGCUGCAGCGAGGCCUCCUCCAGCAAUCGAGACCGGUACCAAACUUUACAUCUCUAAUUUGGAUUAUGGAGUCACAAACGAAGAUAUCAAGGAACUAUUUUCAGAAGUUGGGGAUCUGAAGCGGUCCACUAUUCAUUAUGACAGGAGUGGGAGGUCCAAGGGGACAGCAGAGGUUGUAUUUGCAAGGAAGGACGAUGCAAUAGCUGCUGUAAAGCGAUACAAUAAUGUGCAGCUUGAUGGUAAACCAAUAAAGAUUGAAUUUAUUAGUGCGAGCCUCCACACACCUGCUACGAGCACUCAAUCUAUGAAUGGGUUGUCAGAAAAUACAGCUAAAUCUUCUGGAAGGGGACGUAGCCGGAGUGGUCGGAGGCGUAGACGAGGUAGAGGCCAUAAAAAGCAGAAUAGUGAAGAAAAAAUUGAGAAAGGCACGAAAAGCACUGAAGAUCUUGAUGCCGAGUUAGAGAAUUAUCAUGCCCAAGCUAUGCACACAGAAUGAAGUAGAUCUUCUCAACUGCAACAGCAAAUUUGUUGAAGAUUUCUCUGUUUGUGUCAAGUUUCAACAAUGAGUCAAAUUCAUAGCUGGUUGUUUCUUUGAGAGAAAAGCAUCUAAUUGAUGCACCAACUGGUUUUGAAACUACUUAGUCUUGAGAAUAGAUUGAUUACACAUCUGUUUGAUUUGUUGGCUUCUCAAAAAAAAAAAGUGAGACUUACUGUAGUAUCCCUUGGCUUUAACUAUUGGCUAGCUAUCUUAAUAUUAUUGCCAUCUAAGAGAUGAAAUAGAAACUGGUGUUAACGUGAGAUUGGUAAGCUGUAAAUAUACAAAAUGUCCACACCCACCUUGACCUUUCAAAUUCCUUGAUCUGCUUUGUUUACACUAGUUAUUUGUUAAUCAAUGUCUGGACUUGUUUCGCCUUAUGAUUUCUUGAUCAAGAGGAAUGGAUCAUGGAAUUGUGAUUCAUAACAGCCUGAGAAAUACUAGUGGGAGCAUAGAAUAUGGACAGUAGAAUAUGUCUCUAAAUGUUAGGCACAGAGAAGACAUGAAAUGUAAGAUGCUCUCCAAUAUAGCAUUGCAAUUGUCUCUAUAGAAAGCUUACCCUAACUAGAUCAGUCAUUUUUUCUUGGGGGUAGAGCUAUAUGGACGUGUUCCAAUAGAGCAUUGUUUUCCAUUUUGAAUUUGUAUGUUCAGAUAUCUAUUGAAAUUUGUCACAUUGCUCUAA